CUGACAAACGCUGCCAAAGGACUAUCAGGCGCAGCACAUCCCCGAAUUCCAUUUCUCAACGCAGGCCUGGAGCAAAAAGGGAACAAGAAGGAAACGUCUUUUAAACUUUUUUGUCAGGUGCUUUUGUCAAGUGUUGCAGCCUGUAGCUUCAGCAGUAUGACGUCCAACCAGGAAAUAAGGAAGGCUGAAUGAGGCCAAAAGAAACAGACGCCAAGCCAAGCCAAGCCAAGCCAACAGCCACCUGUUUCUCUUUUCUGUAGAGCUGAUUUGCAUCUUUUGAUCAUUUGGUCCAGAGUCAGAAUGCUAGAGUGGAUAAAAGUGAGUGAGUGAGUAGGCAGAGGACGACUUUAUGCAAGUUCAGUUUCAGUUGAGCCUUGAGGUCCUGUGUUGCUGACUAGAUUUAGCCUGGUCCCGCUCGGCUCGGCUCAGUGGCACAGUGCUGUGCAAUGACAAACACUGGCAUCCCAUGAUGUUGAGUCUGGAUGGUUUGGAGAUGAUCGCCGUGCUGGUGGUCAUGGGUCUCUUCAUCAAAGUGCUGGAGCAGUUUGGGAUGUUCGAGCCGGUCGGCGGGGAAGACAGCGUGGAAGAUGAUUUUGAGUUAUCCACUGUGUGCCAUCGCCCAGAGAGCAUGGACAAACUGCAGGAGCAGACCAAGUUCAACAAGAAGGAGCUGCAAGUCCUUUACCGGGGGUUCAAAAAUGAGUGUCCGAGUGGCGUGGUGAACGAGGAGAACUUUAAGAACAUUUACUCCCAGUUCUUUCCUCAGGGAGAUUCAAGUAUGUAUGCACAUUUCCUGUUUGAAGCCUUUGACACCAACAAGAAUGGCUCUGUUAGUUUUGAGGACUUUGUAUUCGGCCUGUCCAUCAUUUUGAGAGGGACAGUUAAUGACCGGCUAAACUGGGCAUUCAACCUCUAUGACCUGAACAAGGAUGGCUGUAUCACCAAAGAGGAGAUGUUGGACAUCAUGAGGUCCAUCUAUGACAUGAUGGGGAAGUACACAUACCCCACAAUGCAGGAUGAUGCCCCGAGAGAUCACGUGGAAAGCUUCUUCCAGAAAAUGGACAGGAAUAAAGACGGGGUGGUCACCAUAGAUGAAUUCAUUGAGUCGUGCAAAAAGGAUGAGAACAUCAUGCAGUCCAUGCAGCUGUUUGACAACGUCAUCUAAGAAUCUGGACCAGUUAGGACAUCGGCACCAGGAAGGGGAGUGUGUGUGUGUGUGUGUGUGUGUGUGCGUGUGUGUGUGUUUGAGAGCAGAAUCAGAGUUGACGCAUUUGUGAUUGAGUGUGUGUUUGGCUGUUUCCUGACUUGCAAGCCUGUGCUUGUGUGUCUUACGAGAGCUGCGAGUCCUGAGGGCUCGGAGAGGUUCUCCCUUUCUUCCUGGACCCAAGUGGCAUUUCUCCAAGUAACAAUGGAUACUUUCCUCGUCAUGCAGAACCUUAGAUUUACCCCAGAGACACAAAGAAAGGAGGGAAGCAGCAGGCUCACCGGCACUCUCACACCCCAGAUCCCCCAUCUGUUUUAAUAUUUAUUUAUUACUAUUAUCAACAACGGAGGAACUAUCGCAGCUUGUAAUGGCUGAACUCCAGAGGGAACCAGUUGUAUCCAAACCUUGACUUAUCAGAACACCUUUUUUUCCCCAGUGAUGGCUGAGAUUCGAAUUCAUGAAUCUGGUCCUGCUUUUGUGCAUGUGGUUUCACGUCUGCCUGGAGACUGCUCAUGCACCGGUUUAAGAGGAUAGAAGCAAAUCUACCACCAUCUAGUGGACAAAAGGCACAAAAAAGACGCUUCCUGAGAAAACGACUGACUAAUUGGAAAUCCAAGGGAUCGGGGGUUUUACAAGGGGACCGAUUUCAGUAUCGCAUGAUGAUGUCACUAAUAUCCAAUUAUGUAUUUACAGAGAUACUCCAAAGUCUGCUUGUCUGUCUGCUGUCUUUCCUGGUCAUUCACAGGUGCCUCACCCUUUGUGUACGUGUGUGUGUGCAUGUGUAACAGAAGAGAUGUCAUCAGUAUUACCUAUGAAAUAAUCUCUCCCCCCCUCCAUACAUCAGAUUCUGGUAGAUUAUUUUCCGGCCCUCCAAACUAUUACAGGUUUAGCAGUAGGCGUCUAUUGACUGUUGUACAUUAUCUAGUGAUCCCACUGGUGUCAUAUUUGACAGUACGACGUGGGGCUUGCACUGUGAUCGAUGAGAUGCGCUUUUUUCCCCGUUUCUCUCAUCACAGGUAUUGGCAAACCACAUUUGUACUAGUCUCAUCCAUAGACCUUCACGGAGAAUUCAUUAGAUUGCAGAUUGUAUUUGUGAACUUCAUGGAAACGUCACGUGGUCAUAGCAGGUUCUACCACUUUCAACAACAAACAAAAAAAAAAACUCUUUCAAAUUCAAAUUAAAAGUGGGUUUAUUCUAGUUCUUGAGCAAGAGAGACAUGGUUUGAGUUCUUUCUUCUUUCUUUUUUUUAAAUACCUGUCCUACUAUUCCUUAUUCUCCUUCUCUCUGUAACACCAAAGAGAAGAUUUAAGAGGUAUACAAAGUUACUCUUAUGUUAAGACAUACAGUAUAGCCCAUUCGUGGGUGAAGAGAGAGGGGGGAUUGCUGUGUAGUAAGUGAGGCAAGGGGCAAUCAGAGAUGAAAGGACGUAUUUUGUGAUCUGGAACGGUGGACUUUCCAGAACAGUCGUAUCUAGGCUUUCUGGCAUAAAUGAGACAUUUAUUUGCCCCUUUUCACAUGAGAAUACUCUUAAAUGAAAGAUGGUGGUAGUUCCAGAGGCCCUCGAGCUGUACAUCAAUAGGCUGUAGUGUCUUUGAUUACAAAGAAUAGCAAUAAUUUCCUGAUAUCAGCACCUUUACACUGAUCCAACCUCUUCAUUUCUCUAAAAGCACAGCAUAGGGCCUGAAUGAAAAUAUUUAUUUUGAGUUUUUUACAUUUGUUUCCCUCUCUCUCUCUCUCUCUCUUUGGGGAUGGAGUGGUUUGGCUCUGAUUGUUCCUUGCCAACACUUUUUAAACUUCCAUUCCUGACCACAAUUAAAACCUGUCUAUACCCGCAUGUACUGUGUCUAAACAAUGAAGACCUACUAACCCGUUGUACUGAUUGUCUAGUUAGGUAGCCUCAGCUGGUCGCAUUACGUAUUUAAAAUGUGUAUAUUUUGUACAGAGACAAUAAAAAUCACAGUUACUAUGCAAAA